UAGGCUCAGUGUAGAUGAACUUUUGCCCCGGUCUCCGAGAACCGGGGCCGCUGUCAUCCGCCGUCUACCGCCUUCCAAAGCUCUGAACACCAUGUGCUGCUCCACGUAGACCCGAGCUGUGCUCGGCUCCAUUGCGCAGGCGCAGUACGCAGCCGACGCCAGGUUCCAGACGGAGCGCGGGCACAACCCUUUGGUGCGCGCUCCCGCCUCUUCGCCUGUCCGGGACCGGUCCGUACAGGUGUGUGGAUCCGGGUCAGGUUCUGGGCGGACUGGAGACCAUGAGUCCAACUAGGCGGAUAAGGGGUUAGACUGACAUGACCACCCUGAAGGCCAAAGCACAGACCCGGGAUGGGUCCGAGGGUCCCGAUGGGGGCUGGGGGUGGGUUCUGGUCGGGGCCCUGUUCGUCAGCAGCAGCCUGGUCUUUGGCCUCAUGCGGAGUCUGGGGAUCUUCUUCGUGGAGUUUGUUCAGUAUUUUGGGGAAAGCGCUCAGGCCAUUUCCUGGAUCUCGUCCACGGGCCUCGCAGCUCAGCAGUUCUUCAGUCCUCUGGGGGCAGCGUUGUGUAAUGCCUACGACGCCCGGGCGGUGGUGAUGACGGGCGGUUUCCUGGCUGGACUCGGCUUCAUUCUGGCGUCUCAGGCCACAUGUCUUGUCCACCUCUACCUCACCAUGGGAGUCAUUUCAGGUUUGGGCUGGGGUCUCAUUUUCACCCCCAUGGUUGCCACUGUCAUGGCCCACUUCACUCGCCGGCGAACCCUGGCACUGGGACUGGCCUUCUCCAGCAUCGGCCUGUCGUCUUUUGCCUUCAACCCUCUGUUCCAGCUGCUAGUUGAGAUGUACGCCUGGAGGGGGGCCUUGCUCAUCCUGGGGGGGCUCAGUCUCAACAUCAUACCCUGUGGCGCUCUGAUCCGUCCUCGGAAACGCUCUGAAAAUCCAGCAAAGGUGGACUCAGGGACCAGGUCGUCCUGUUCUUCAGUCCUCCACCGGGUGGCGUCCUACCUGGAGCUGUCUCUGCUCUGUGAGCGUCCUUACCUGACCUACGUCACCGCUGUCAGCCUCCUCAACGUGGGAUACUUCGUGCCGUACUUCCACCUGGUGGCCCACAGCCGUCAGGUGGGCUUCUCCGAGUACCAGGCCGCCUUCGUCAUGUCAGCCACCGGCGUCACCGACAUCCUGGGCCGCGUGGCGUCAGGCUGGUUCUCGGACCUGGGUCGGUUCCGGCUCGUGCACCUGCUGAGCCUGUGGUCGCUGUUGGCCGGGUUCUUCAUCAUGCUGCUCCCCGUCAGUUCGUUGUCAGGGUCAUACCCGGCGCUGAUGGCGGUCAGUCUUCUCUACGGGUUCUGCUCCGGAGCGCUGACCUCCGUCGUGUUCUCUGUGGUUCCGAUGAUCGUGGGUGUAAGCCGCAUGAUGGGGGCGUUAGGGCUCCUGCAGCUGAUCGAGAGCGGGGCUGGGCUCCUGGGAACGCCCCUGUCAGGACUGCUGAAGGACGUCACCGGCUCCUACGUUGCCUCCUUCGCAGUCGCCGGCUGCUUCGUCGUCCUCGGCUCCUUGACUUUGGCGACUCUGCCGAACUACUUCUCCUGCACGGAUCCACCACCACUUCUCAACAAACACCGGGAUCCGCAGUCGGAGCUGGGACAGAUGAGUAGUUCACCUUCAGACUCUAGUAAGGGGGCGGAAAUCGCUCAACUCAACAGUUCACCUUAACCUAAACCUCCAUGAGGACGUUGACACAGAUCCAGGCCAGUGAGUCCACGUCAGUUACUCAGUACCUGAUGUAAAGACUAAACUUUACAUUCACCGUGUGCAGAAGGUCAGACUGAUGUGACUGAUUUACCUGCACAUAUGAGGAACACCUACAUCCUGUAGUUUUAUUACAUAGGACUCACAUCUGUACAAAGAAACUUAAGGCUCUUAUUUUAACCCUUUCAUACAUAGUGGUCACUCCAGUGGACAGCUAUUCAGAUGCUGUUUUCUUGUAUAUUCAUGGUUUUUGUUGUUUUAAUUGCAUAUCAGCCAACACAGUGGACGCUUGUGCAUCAUCCCAUACAUGCCACCUACUGGCCAGUUGUGGAAAGUGCUUUUUUUUUUUUUUUUUUUUUUACUCUUAACCAAGAUGGCUGACAGGAAGUCAGAAAUGCUGAACAUCCCCUGAAGGUCGAAAAAUAUAGAGGCAUCAAGUAACAUCUAAGGAUUAAUAUCAUUGUUAAAAAUUCCAGAUAUUUAUUUUAUAUCGGAAGACGUUUACAAUUAAUCGCACGUCCACUAAAUUGGAUGGCAUGCAUCACUGGCUGUAUUUCAACUGCAAUUCAUACCAAUACUGCAACUUUGCUGUUGUUGAUAGAUUUCAUCUGCAGUAACAUGUUUUAGUAUAAAUCAGUCGGUAGUUGUUAU